CUCGCGUUAGCGCAUGCAUACUCCAGAAACAAUUCGAUUCUAUUCGUUGAAAUCAAGUACACUUACGCGGCCGAUUCGUUUCAUCGUGGCUUUGUCUCGGGCGCUGCCGGCGUCUUCGGAACUACUUGCCGUGACGUGCUGUCGCCCAACAAGCUCAUCUUACCGUCUGACGGGCUUUUGUUUGUGUUUGACCGGGAUGUUUAGUCUAGAUUGUAGGUCUGUAGAUCAAUGAAAUGAUCAAUCGAUGUUUGUGGAUAGCAUCGACAACCAGUGGUGAUAUCUGGUUCUCGACAUCUCGAAGAAGCAUCAGGCAAACCAACAUCCGGGCACAUACGGGCAAGUCGACACACCAGGCUUUGACAAUAUUAAAUCAGCGCGCCACAUGCUGCCCAGAGAUGGAGAUGCGAAUCACAUCGGGAUUGGAGGCCCCAAGCAGGGUUGCAAUCCAAACCGCAUCCACGUAAUCUCACCGGCAUGACGUAUGGGCUCGUGCUGUGAGGCCCUGAACCGCGAACCCCCGGUCCAUCAAGCUCUUGAUAAUAAAACGGUCCCCUUUCCCGUCCAAUCCCCUCGCCGACUCUUUCAAAUCACAGAAAUCCUACCAGACUAUCCCCUUCCAUUCAAAAUGCGCUUCUCUAUCCUGGCCCUUACUGCCGCUCCUCUUCUGGCAAUGGCCAAGAGCGCCCUGGACUUUGACUUUGACGAUGUCCCAGAGCCUUGCGUCAACAUCUGCCGUCCCGUUGCCACACUUGUGAAGCAGUGCGACGUUGAUAGCGACCACAAGGAGCGCCUCCUUACCAACCAAUGCAUCUGCACCAACAAGAGCUUCGAUGUUGCCAAGAUUUCCGCUCUCUGUGCCGACUGCAUGCACCAGAACGUUAAGACGAAGCGUGAUCACGACAAGCACGCCGACGCGGAUGACGUCAAGGAUAUCGACCACAUUAUGAGCACUUGCACCUUUGCUAGCACCCACUACGACCCUACCGUGACCAGCAUGGUCGCUACCAUCACGGUUGAUGCUGUCGCUCCCAACAACCAGAACCAGCUCACCACUACCAUUGAGGGUCCUUCUUCCCACAACGCUGGCCCCAUGGUGACGGCUGCUGCCAACAUGGUCUACAUUGGUGGUGCCGCUGCUGCUGCUCUCCUGCUCUAGGAUAUAUGAAAGAAUAUCCACACUGUGUACGAAUAACUGGAUGUGAGACGCGUCUGAUGAUAUGGCGAGUUUCGCAACAACAAAAAUAAAAUAAAAUAUCCGUAAUAGACGAUAGAGUAAUGAACUUAAUUUGACAACUCAGCAUGCAAUAUAUUACAGUGCCUUGCCACGCCUGAAGCAAUGUGCUGAGACUAUCAGGGUAGCAAGGGGGACUCGUGUAUUCACGCACUGCAACUGGGCUAGUAGUGUCUCGGAUACCGACAUGGGGAUCAUCAUGUCGACCUGACAAUGGGCGGGCCACGAUCCAGAGCAAUAGGAUGAUGCCUUUGCGGCAACAGGGCGGGUGUACAGCAUGUUGGGUGCACAACAGCGUGCCUCAGCGCCAAGGGUGCUCCGAGCCAACAGGAGCCGCCCGCAUUGCGUCAAAAGACAAGCGAUUGGCAUGGAGGGGCGAUGCAAGGCGACGACCCGCCUCCCAGCGGGCGCUUGUGGAUAAUAAUAUCUUACUGGAAUGAAGGCGCUGACGCUGUCGGGGAAUAUUCCUAUUGUUUUAAGAGGCCUUCCUAAUAGUAUAAUGACCGGGGCUACCGCUAGGACUUGCGGAGACGUAGACCUGAAUUCACUAGGUCUGUUAUUCAAUACCACGAUUGACGAACUUGGCUGUGCGUCGCGUGCCUAGGGGAUACCUCCGUGCAAGAGAAAGCCUGGCGACAAAUGCAAGACAUACACUUGGCCUGCUUGCGUACACCUUUAGGGACGUGCAGAGGGAGGGGAAGCCUUGCCUAGCUGUAAAAAACCAUGGAUGAAGCACAAAGGGAAGUGACUGUGGUCAAAGCUAGGCGCCCAUGCGGAUCGGGCUGGCCACCCAGUAGCGAGGCCGGAGACCCCUGAGAAGAUGGGCAUCCCAUGUGUGUCAUAGGAUGAGACUCCAAGUAUUGGAUAGCUCGGAGAUGGGAUAUCGGGCCAGCAGCCAGGGGUUCGGCGCCUCCAGUUUCACUAAAAAAGACACAGCUAUUGUGUAUUUCUCUGACCGUGGUAUUGAAAGCUAAUUCUUCAGCUCUGUUUACGGAGCUGUGCAAUGCAAAGUGUUGAGCGUCUCUAGCUUCGACGCCGUCCGUGUCAUCCGCCGAGCAACAUGACGUGCUGUCUGGCUCAUGGUGAUCGUGCACGGCCCAUAGCUGAUACAGCUAGCGGACAUGCGCACACUGAGCUGGUAUUUUUCCGAUAUCGCAUGAAUGUGUGUAAUGCAAGCGACGCAUUGUUUUACCAGACGAGAUUGAAUCGGCCGACCUGUCUGUAUGCCUACCCAGCUAGUCAGAGCAAGCAGUGACGCAACAACCCCCCAUGGGGACGGUUGUCAUUCGCUGUCAGAUGAGCGUUUACGGCUGCGUGUUCUAGAUGCAGAGCUGCUAUUUGCCAUCUCCACGGGCGGCAACGCAAGGCACCACAGGGGCGUGGCGUGGCCGAGUCUAGUCAUAGCGGCGCCGAGUGACUUGCGCCAACCCUGCGGCAGGUUUCGGUGCCUGGGACAAGAAUAAACUUUCAGGCGACUCCGGCACUGUCGGGCGUGCCUAAAAAAGGACGCACUAAAUUACCACGCCAUGACUUGUUCUGGCUGGCAUGCACAGCGAGACACGCCUGGAGCAAAAGGGGCGACCCACGCCAGAAGCGGUCAGUUGAUCAGCUCCAGGGGACUGGAAUGGCACCUUGUGGACAUUCUGUCAAGAAGAAGCUUUGGUGCAAAGGCGUGGGCCUGAGUGGAUUUGAGGUGGGUGUUGCGUCACUGUUCAAACCGGCGUUGUUUUGCUUUGGUGUUGUGAUGUUGAUUGAACUUUUGGCACAAAGCCUACUUGGGGGCACCAGCAAGAGAGGCUUUGGCAGCAGUGUCGGAGGGUGCGCCCGGGAAUUCUCGAAAGGAAGCAACCCCGACCGACUAGCGCUGUAGAUGAUGUGGGAGGCUGGGCCAGAUGCGGCGAUGAUGGUCACUCGUUGGCGAUGUGACUGGUUGGGGGAACAGUAAGGCUCAGCCAAUCUCGC